AGCUAUGUGACCCAUGUCAUGCUGCUGGACUUUUAUCUAUUGAUUUGUGCCAAUGUUGCGCUGAGGACUUGGUCUUAUGUUCAGAAGACUCUAGCAUCUGCGCCUAUGUCCCUCGACUUUUUGCCGCCAGAUAAAUCCGAUCAGCCCAUUACACCUGCGAAUGCCCGCGAGUUUGAAUUAUUCAACGACAGGCAUUACUACAAUAAUUCUCCGGCCGAUGGAGGCAGUGAAAGCAGCAGAGACGAUGCUUUCCACCUCUUCUGUCGCCUGCCGCUCGAGCUGCGUCUCAAAAUCUGGACCAUCAACCUGAAGCGACAUCGGUUCCUGCAUAUCCUUGUUUCCCACAAGCCGGAUUCUCUGGGACACAGCGGGCGAGACGAGGCAACUGAGGAACAUACUGAGCAGGCUGCCCAAGAUGGGAGCUCUGACGAGGAAUUCUCCAACUUUGCACAUCAGUCCCAGCUGGAGUUCGACAAGACAUACGAGGUCUGUCUUCGAGCUGAACCACUUUUAUCUGUCCUUUUCUAUACCUGUCGUGAGUCUGCUCGUGCAGCACGCGAAUUUUACAGAAUACCGCUUCGACUUUCUCCCACGCUCCCCGGGAGAGUCGCAACACAGCCGGGCCGGAAGAAGGUUGUGUUCUUGAAUCCAGAAUGGGAUAUUCUUGAUUUCACCUAUCAUGGACUCGACCCGGAGGGGCCUAACGAGGU